AUGUCGCAGGCAAUUUCGUUUGUUACUAUCGCUGUGGUGAUAGCUUGCGUCGGAGUUGCUAUUGCCUCAUUGGUUCUCAACAUUAUCAUUCUCGGAAAUGUCAAUGAUCUCAGCACAUCAAUUAACAAUAAUCCUGUAUGGCACUACACUCCAGCUCCACAAACCAAUUCCACUGCUGGUACAGUAAGCACAAGUGCUGCUUACAAACAGGCAGCUAAUUAUUUGUUGAACGGUCUCGAUGACACAAUUGAUCCAUGCCAGGACUUUUAUGCAUUCACUUGCAAUAAGUUCCUUCAAAACACUGAUCUCAAGAAACUCGGACGGUCUCGUCUUGGAACUUAUGAUCAAGCUCAAAUCGACGUGUACUCUGAAAUCAUUUCUGCCCUUGAUAGUGUCGACGUCAAAAGCGCCACCACCUCCAUGACCGAGAGGAUUACAAAAGCGGCUUUCGUCUCAUGCAAGAACUAUUUGGGUAACCCGCCAGACAAGACACAAGCAGUCUACACUGAGAUCAAGACAUUGUUCGGAGGAGUUCCAUUUUUCGGGGAGCCUCUUGACAAGAAUGUAGACUACUGGAAUGUUGCUGGUCAGAUUGAACAGAAACAUGCUGUUGGAACUUUGACCUACACCAUUGCCUCAUCCGAUUACAAAGAUCACACCAAGAACGCUUUGUAUACUGGACCACCAGGACUCGCUCUUGCCAGAGACUUCUACGUGAAACCACAAUACAUUGAUCAGGUCAACGCUCGUGUUGCUGAUGUCAAUGAUCUUCUGACUGCUUUUGCCGACGCUCUCGGAAAGACUCCGGGAUCCGAUGCCCUUCUUACUGCCGCUCAGGAAGUUGUCGCUUUUGAAGUUCUGAUCGCUAUGGCUUCCUGGCCUGAUGAUUUGUUGAGAAACUACCAACAACAAUACAAUGCUUACAACAUUGCCAGUGCCACCGCUGCCUAUGGAGCUAUCAACUGGAAGUCUUACCUCGGCCAACUUUUCGAUACAGUAUCCUCUGUUCAGAACCAGGCUAACUACAACAUCGUUGUCACUGAACCAUCUUACUUCGCCUGGCUUAACAGUGUCUUCGCCGGUCAAACGGCUAACACCACCGUCGUUGCCAACUACAUGAUCGCCCAGCUGUUGGCUGAUGAAGCUGAUUUUAUCAACCCAGCUACCGCCAGAGUAGCUUCCAAGAAUAACUACAUUCACUACGCCUUGAGAAGCGGACGUGGUGUUGGAAAGCACGGAAAGAGAGACUACAGAAAGAUGGAUCUCGACGGAAUCUCCCAAGGAUGCAUGGAUCUUCUUACAGCUUAUAUGCCGUACGGAACUGGAUAUGUGUACGUUAAAUCCAAGAAAGACAAGUACCAAGUCCAAAGUGAUGUCAACAACCAAACCACCCUGAUCAUCAGCAAUUUCCAGAACAUGAUUAAUUCUCUCCAAUGGAUGGACGACUUCAGCAAGAACCGUGCACACAACAAAUCUGACUCUUUGGUAAAGAACUUCGGAUGGCCUACUGCCAUGUUUGGUGACUUCAAUGACUUCACAGCUGUUGACAAGUACAAUCAGGACUAUGCCAGAAUCAUUGAUAUCUACAAUGCUGACCCAUCUAACAUCUAUGAUAUCUUCGCUGUCUUGAAGCAAGGAAUGGAGGUCAGAGAAUUCUUCAGAAUCAUGGACGAGAAGGCUGACAGAAGUAACUUCCUUCAAUCUCCAGCUAUGGUCAACGCUUGGUACCAACCGGAGCGUAACUCCAUCACCUUCCCAUAUGCUGCUUGGAACCCACCAUACUAUAAUUUCGCCUAUCCACAGGCCUACAAUUUCGCCGGACAGGGAGGAACUGGAGGACACGAGUUGACCCAUGGAUAUGAUGACGAGGGAGUUCAAUUCGGUUUCAAUGGAGAGCUUACUGAUUGUGCAUGGAACAAAUGUGGGUGGAUGGACGCCAACUCGUCUUCUGGAUUCAUUGAUAUGGCUCAAUGUGUUGUCACACAAUUUAGUACUCAAUGUUGUCCAGAAAAGACUGGAAACGUGCACUGUGCCAAUGGAGCAACCACUCAAGGAGAGAAUAUUGCUGAUCUUGGAGGUCAACAGGCCGCUUAUAGAGCAUACAGACAAUAUGUUGCUAAUGUCAGAGGAGGAGUUGAGGAGGAUAGACUUCCAGGAUUGGAAAACUACACUCCAAACCAAAUCUUCUGGAUUACUUAUGGAUAUUCGUGGUGCAUGAAGCAAUCUGAUAGCAAUUUGGUUCAUCAGCUCCUCACCAAUCCCCACUCCCCAGCUCAAUGCAGAACUAACCAGGUGAUGCAAGAUAUUCCUGAAUUUGGAAGAGACUUUGGAUGUGCCCGUGGAACACCAAUGUUCCCAGAACCAUCUGGCAGAUGCAAGGUUUGGGUUGGACAAUAA